AUGACAGCUUCCAGAGGCCACAUGUGGUUAACAGUACCACAUAGCAUUAUUGUCAACGUCUCACUGUGCAUAGCUCAAGCACGCUUCACUCCAAGGACAUCAGGUUCCGCUACAUCAAACCUGACAUACCAUGCCACACUCGCAAGAACCAUGAUCCGGAACACAUCACUCCAUGUCCCAAGAAAAUCCUCCCAGAAACCGCUGUCCAGCACCACCCACUCCCAAAGAUCGUCACUUGGGCAGCGGUCCUCAUGCGCCCAACGCAACACUCCGCCGGGAAUGCUCACCUUGGGGGACCUCAAAGGCUAA